AUGGCUGAGAUUAUUAACGAUCAACCACCUCCACCUCCACCUCCCACAAAUCCACCAGCCCCAUUUAAUGCUAAGGAUUUUGUCGUUCAAAAAAGUUAUUGGCUUACCGGCAAAAAUUAUUUUCAAUGGUCUCAGUUCAUCAGACACACUCUAAAAUGUUGCGAUAUGCUUGAUCAUAUUGAAGGAAAUCCUCCUCUGGUUACUGCUCCUAACUUCCCUUCCUGGGAUAAAGAUGAUUCUGCUAUUAUUACUUGGCUUUGGAACUCCAUAUCUCCAGAAAUUAGUAGAAAUUGCAUGUAUCUCUCAAGUGCAAAGGUAGUUUGGGAGUAUCUUCGUCGCAGUUAUUCCAUGAAACAAGAUAUGUCUGCUUGUUAUGAUUUAAAGAGGAAAAUCUUCAACACUAAGCAGGGAAAUCUUUCGAUCACUGAGUAUUUUGGAGUUCUCAAUGGUUUUUGGAUUGAGUUGGAUCAAUAUCAGAAUUUGAAGAUGGAGUGUAGCAAGGAUACUGCCGCCUUGAAUACUGUUGUUGAGCGGGAUAGGAUCUUUGAUUUCCUAGCAUGCCUUAAUGCUGAAUUUGACCCUAUUCGGGUGCAGAUUUUGGGUAAGGAAAAAUUUCCUGAUCUUAAUGAAGUUUUUUACACUAUCCGUAGUGAGGAAACCCGUCGUCAAGCUAUGCUUCAUGAACAGCCCCCGGAUGUGUCAGCAUUAGUAGCUAGCAAAACAACAAGACAAGGACCACCACCAUCAUCAUCCAAGAAUGUUCGUGACAAAUUCUAUUGUGAGCAUUGCAACCGAUCAGGGCAUACAAAGGAUAGGUGUUUCAAACUUCAUGGGAGGGAGCAGGUUCUUAGCCGAGGUGGCGGUUCUCGCAACAUGCACCAGUAUCAGGCACAUGUUGCUACACAUGUCCAGGAUACUUAA